AUGAGCAACGUAGCGAAGGCCAUCAAGAGGUUACUUCCCUCUCCAUUACCACCCUCUCUAAGAACGGUACCCGGAAAUCUUUUUGAAGUCCUAUCUCGUUAUGGAGGUGAUGGCGUCGGCCAGCGAGUGCAUCAGACGCGGUGGACGAGCAAAGGCAUCGAGGAAUGUUAUUGGCAGGUAGAGAAGACACGGAUUCAGGAGGAUGGCAGACACGGGAAGGCAUGGGGAACAUUAUACUGGAAAGGCAAACCCGUGAGCGAAAAACCUGAAAUAAUACGAGGUGGAUUGAAGUACAAGUGGGAGAGAGGGCCAUCAUAACGCUACUCUGAAAUGCAUGUAGGUUACUCUUGCGCACGCAUCGUCCCUCGGCCUCAAGCUUCAAGGCCUCACUUCAAGGCUCUUCUUCAAGCCCCUAGUUGCUUCUUGCGCACACUCAUCCAUGGCUCUCAGCUUACUGCCUACAUGUACAGACCUGGCCGAUACUACUAAUAGAUUGUCAAUGUAAUGCACUG